AUGUCGAGCCCUUCGGGCUCACGGAGGCGACGACGAGAAGACGACAACGGAUCAAACUCUGAUCAGGAGCUAUACGAAGACAACACGCCCGGCAGCAAACGCCGAAGACUGAAUGGCGAUGACUCUGGCACUGAAGACGAUGAGUCUCAAGAUGGCCCCGUCUUACCCGACAACUAUCGGCGCUCUCCAAAGGGCAAAGCCCGGGCGAGAGACGUAGAGAGCAACAGCGAACAGGAGCAUCAUCCGGGAUCUAUCGUGCGUGUCACUCUCAAGGACUUUGUGACUUACACUCAUGCCGAGUUCUUCCCCGGCCCCAACUUGAACAUGGUCAUUGGGCCAAAUGGCACGGGCAAGAGCACGCUCGUCUGUGCUAUCUGCAUCGGUCUCGGCUGGAGCACUUCCCACCUCGGUCGAGCCAAAGACAUUAGCGAAUUCGUCAAGCAUGGGCGAAAGCAAGCAGAGAUUGAAAUCGAGCUCAAAGCUGAUACCGAGCGCCAUUCAGAAAAUCCAGUCAUUACACACAAGAUCAAUCGUGACGGAGGCAGCAAAUCAGGCCAGAACAAGUCGACUUGGCUGAUUAACGGCAAGAAGAGCAAUCACAAGUCGGCACAGGAGCUCGCUCGCAGCUUCUCAAUCCAAGUCGACAACCUCUGCCAGUUUCUGCCCCAAGACCGAGUCGUGGAGUUUGCCGCGUUGUCACCUGUCGACUUGUUAGUCCAAACUCAAAGAGCUGCAGCUCCAGAACAUGUUUCCGACUGGCAUGACCAGCUGAAAACCAUGGGCAAAGAGCAGAAGCAGAAGCAGACUGAGCAACAGGGCUUGAUCGAGACCCUCAAGAGUAUGGAGGACCGGCAGAAAUCACAGGAAGAUGAAGUCAAUCGAUUGCGAGAGCGCACGACCCUCCAGGCAAAGCUGGCGUUGCUUGAGAAGAUGAGACCGUAUGCAGAAUACGCUCAACUCGUCAAGGAGCACGGCGAGGCCAAAGUCCGGAGAAAGGAGGCCAACAAGGAGCUUCAAAUUCUGGAGCGGAAGAUCCAGCCGAAUGUCGAUGCCAUUGAGAAGAAGAACGAGUAUUGCGGCCGACUGAAGAAAUUCGCCGCUGGGCGCAGUCGACUUCUCAAGAGAUGCGAAGAGGAUGCGGAAAGGAAAUUGAAGAAUUACAUCGACACGAAGACCGCCAUUGAAGAAUGUGGCAAGCGUCUGAAUGCCGAAAAGACAAGUGCCAAACAAGCAAAGGGCACGAUCAACAGUGUGCAGAACCAGAUUCGCGGCAUUAAGAAAACGAUGGAGAGUCCGCCAGAACCGUUCAAUGCCGCAGAAAUCAACGACCAAGUCCGAGAAUUGACUGGUCGUAUUCGCCAGCUCAAUGAAGAGAUGAACGAAAUCAACGAGAACAAAGACAGCCUCACAACUCAGGCUCAACAACGCCGAGAGAUCAUUGCCGAGGAGGAAAAGAAAAAGGAGAACCUUCAGUCUCAGGCUGGCAGACAGACAAACAAGUUGAAAAACCAAUCCGCGGACACGGCCCAAGCCUGGGACUGGAUUCAGGCCAACCGCAACGCUUUCGAAGGUCCCGUCUUCGGUCCAGCUAUGAUCGAAUGCUCACUCAAGGACACUGAUCACGCGAGCCAGGUGGAAUACGUACUCGGGAGAGCUGAACUGCUAGCAUUCACUGUCACAUCGCAGCGGGACUUCAAGGUCCUGGACGAGCAGCUGUAUCGCAAGCUCAAGCUCACUGACAUCAACAUUCGCUCUUCUCUCCAGCCUUUGGAGGACUUCCGUGCACCCUGCUCCGAGGAAGACCUGAGACAAUUUGGCCUGCAGUCCUGGUUGAUUAACCUCAUUGAAGGGCCUAGGGAAGUGCUUGCGAUGUUGUGUGACAACAGAAACCUUCAUGCGACUGCGUUCAGCACCAGCGAGACCUCGAACGCACAAUUUGAGUCUCUUCAGCGGAGUUCCAUCAAUGCUUGGGUAACGAAAACGAAGAGUUAUCAAGUGAUCCGCCGCCGAGAAUACGGCGAUCAUGCUACCAGUCGUGUUCAGUCUCUUAAGCCAGCGAGCUUCCUCACUGAUGCGCCAGUCGACACACAACAAGAGAGAGACAUCAAUCGGCGUAUCGCGGAGGCUCAAGGAGAGCUCGACGAGAUAAAGGAAGAGAUGCACAGCGUCCACAAGCGCUUCACCGAGCUGAGAGUCGGCAAAGCCAAACUGGAGGCAGAUCAAAAAGCCCUGAAGGACGAGAAGGAGCGAAAGCAAAGGCAGCAAACGGAGUACAACGGCCUCGAGCCCAAACUCGAGGCCGCUGAGGAGAAAUUGAAUAACGCUAAAGCGCAGGUACUGCAGCAAGGGCAAAGGAAAAUGGCCAUUCUGCGAGAGAUUGACGAUCACCAUUUGAGGAAAGGCCAGCAAGCCCUGGACUAUGCAGCGACUGUGGAGAGUCUGCGAGAUCUCCAUCGGAAGGUGCUCGAGGCCGAAAUAUCGUGCAUUGAAGCCACGUCAGACGUUGAUCAGUUGGAGUUUCGCAGUGCUGAAGACCAGCGACAGCUGGGAGAGAGGAAGGCAGAAGUCGAGCGACUGCGCGCCAUAGAGCGCCAAGCACUUGACAGGGGUAAGGCCCUUCAGGAGCACUGUGUUGCUGCGCGCGACGGCUUCAACGAGGAAGAGCAAGCCUAUCAUGACGAGCAUUCCGGCUCAUGGGACAAGGACCAAUUGGAAACUGAGAUCCAAUCCGCACAAGCAGCACUCGACUCUUUGCUGGGUGGCAAUGAGAACGUGAUCCGGGAAUUCGAGCAGCGUGCUCAGAAGAUUGAAGAAAAGCGUGUACAACGGGACAGAUUGCAACGCAGCCUCGAAGAGCUCAGCAACAAGAUAGAUGACAUCAGGGCGAAAUGGGAACCCGAACUGGACAUUAUCGUCGACCAAAUAUCCACAGCUUUCGCCGAGAAUUUUCAAGGCAUUGGAUGCGCAGGCGAGGUUGCGAUACACAAGGAUGAGGACUUCGAACAGUGGGCCAUUCAAAUCAGAGUCAAAUUCAGGGAGAAGGAGGAGCUCAGCAUUCUCGAUUCGCACCGACAAUCUGGUGGAGAACGAGCGGUUUCCACCAUCUUUUACCUGAUGGCGCUGCAAAGCCUUGCGAGAGCCCCCUUCCGUGUCGUAGAUGAGAUCAAUCAGGGCAUGGAUCCGCGCAACGAAAGACUCGUCCAUUCCCGAAUGGUAGACAUUGCCUGCGCAGAGCAUACCAGCCAGUACUUUCUCAUCACGCCAAAGUUGCUCCCCAACCUUCGCUAUCACCGCAACAUGAAGGUGCACUGUAUCGCCUCUGGAGAGUACAUGCCCGAAGACCACAAGGAGCUGGAUUUCAAGAUGCUACUCAACCGCGCGUUGGCGGUCAGAACCACCGCUCAUUGA